AUGCCACCGACGCGGACGCGAUCGGCUUCGCCGCAGCGCGUGCGUGCACGCCGCGUGGGAGACGCGGGUAGCCGCGCUCCCGCUAAAGCACCACAGGCAGCUUCGUCUGAUAUGCGCCAUCUCUUUGCUCUCGAGGCUCAGCGCAUGCAAGCGACGCGUCUUCGAGAGCGGGCGGCGCAGGAGCAGCGGCGCGAGCGCACGCGUACUUUGGAUGAGCAACUGGAUGAGGAGCGCCGGAUUGCGAAGGAAAAUCGACCACCAGGUCAUGAGUGGCGUGGAUACCAAGACUAUGAAGUCGAGCUAUUGCGAGCACAGUGUGAGGAGCAAGUAGCGUCGCUGCAGGCUGAUGUGCUAGCUCGUGACGAGGAAAUCAAGAGGCUACGAGACUUGCUGGAGCAACAUACAAAACAAGCAUCAGAGCAAGCGUCGGCGCAGCAUACUUGGGCAGCACGCGUCUCUGAUCUCGAGGCACAGCUUCGGACGCACGAUGCACGGACGCAACAGCUGCGUACCGAGGCCUCGGAUGCCCUCGCGCAUACCCGUGAUCUUGAGGCGCGCCUAGCUGAGGCUGAUGCAUUAAGGCGUCACUUGCACAACCAAGUCCAGGAACUGCGUGGUAAUGUGCGUGUCUAUGCUCGAGUAAGACCCGCGGCGCGUGCUGAUCCCGUGGCCGAAUGGCGGUAUCCUGACGCGGCGCUUCUUGCGACGCAGCUCGAGGUGCAUGUGCCAUCGGAGAGCGCGAUGGGCCAUGCAUCCGUCAAGACGCACGCCUUUGCGUUCGACCACGUAUUUCCACCUGCGGCGACGCAGUCGGAUGUGUUUGCUGAAGUCUCAGAUUUGCUGCAAAGCGUGCUGGAUGGCUACCAUACGACCAUCUUUGCCUACGGGCAGACGGGGUCAGGCAAGACACACACGCUCGAAGGCGGUGCAGGCAUCGACUGGCAGCAUGCUGCCCACGCCUUGGACAACGAUGCCGGUCUGAUUCCACGUGCUAUGCACAUGCUGUGGCGCACCGCCGAAAAGCAGCGCACACAUGGCUGGUCAUACACCUUUGAGGCCCAAAUGGUCGAAGUGUACCUUGACCAGGUAUCUGACCUGCUCAGCGAUGCAUCGCGCCGUUGUGAGAUCAAGCACACACCGACACACACGCAUGUUGAGCAUGCGGCCGUGGAGCCCCUAGCAAAGCCAGAGGACGUGUAUGCGCUUCUGGCGCGCGCGCAAAAGCGGCGCCAGGUGGCAGCAACGCGAAUGAAUGAGCGUUCAAGCCGCAGCCACUCGAUUUUCGCGCUGCGUGUGCAUGGCGAAUGCACACGGCCGGAUGCCACGGCCACUACGCAUGCUACACUCAAUCUCGUGGACCUAGCCGGCUCUGAGCGCCUCGCGGCAAGUGGCUCAGCCAACGAUGCACAGCGCCUGAAAGAGGCGCAAAGCAUCAACAAGUCGCUCAGCAGCCUCGCGGAUGUCAUUUCCGCCCUGGCAGCUCAGGCCAAGCAUGUCCCCUACCGAAAUUCGACACUGACAUGGCUCCUGAAGCCGUCGCUCAGCCGCGGCGCAAAAACGCUCAUGCUGCUUGCACUCUCACCUCUCCAAGCGCACCUGAGCGAAACUUUGUGUUCCCUGCGCUUUGCUGCACAAGUACAUGGCACACACCUCGGACCACAUCGACAUCCCCCCCGGCCUUCUUAG